CUGGUGUCUGGGGCCUGUAAUUGUUUUCGCCAAGCAACGCAACGCAACGACCAUGGUGGUAGGCGAGCAGGUGGAGGGCGGCGAGGCACUGCCGCCCUCGCCCCAACAGUACCCACCGCAGAAGGCGUCGAUAGAGAACAUUAUGAGCGGCAUCGAGAACACGGGCGCGGUGAAGAUGAACAACCACAGGAAAAAGCUACGCCAGAGAUUCGACAUCAUCAAAAAGCUCGGCCAGGGAACGUACGGCAAGGUGCAGCUCGGCAUCAACAAGGAAACCGGCCAGGAGGUGGCCAUCAAGACGAUCAAGAAGAGCAAAAUAGAAACGGAAGCAGAUCUCAUUCGGAUACGGCGCGAGGUGCAGAUUAUGAGCUCCGUGCAGCAUCCCAACAUAAUACACAUUUACGAAGUAUUUGAAAACCGUGAAAAAAUGGUACUAGUCAUGGAGUUUGCGGCCGGCGGCGAGCUGUACGAUUACCUGUCCGAGCGGAAGGUGCUGGCGGAGGAGGAAGCACGGCGCAUCUUCCGCCAGGUGUCGACGGCCAUCUACUACUGUCACAAGCACAAAAUCUGUCACCGCGAUCUGAAGCUGGAAAACAUUCUGCUCGACGAGAACGGGAACGCCAAGAUCGCCGACUUCGGGCUGUCGAACGUGUUCGACGACCAGCGGCUGCUGGCCACGUUCUGCGGGUCGCCCCUGUACGCGUCGCCCGAAAUCGUCAAGGGCACGCCGUACCAGGGCCCGGAAGUGGACUGCUGGUCACUGGGCGUGCUCCUCUACACUCUAGUCUACGGUGCGAUGCCGUUCGAUGGGGCCAACUUCAAGCGGCUGGUGAAGCAGAUCAGCCAGGGCGACUACUUCGAGCCGAAGAAGCCGUCCCGCGCGUCCCCGCUCAUCCGAGAAAUGCUGACCGUGUGCCCGCGGCAGCGGGCCAGCGUCGAGCAGAUCUGCAACCACUGGUGGGUGAACGAGGGCUACGACGAAUCGUGCCUCGAUCUGGCCGAGGAGCUGGCCAACCAGACGCCGGUCCGGUUGGACGUGCUGCUUUCGCUGGCACCACCGUCGGUGACGGCGGACCAGCUGCUGGUCGGCAACGGGCAAGACGAGGCAUCCAAGGCGAAGGAUCGCAUCCAGCGGAGCCAUUCGGUGGGCUCGAUCGUCGACAUGGGCGGCACCGAGGCGGAACGGCGCAUUCUCGACAUGGUGGCGGCCGGUGGCGAAGCGGCCCUCAUGCCGUCGCCGACGCGGACGAUCACUCCGGCGGAAGCGGCCACCGGUAGUCCGGCGCAGACGAAGCGCAAGCUCGAAACGACUGUGUCGACCGAGAACGCGACCGGAGCGGUGAAGAAAAAGGACAAAGCGGAUCCAUCGCCUUCGCAUCCGCGCAUACCCGAGGUGAUGGACUUGGAGGAGGCGGCGGCGAUCGGCUCUGAUCCGCCUCCGACCGCACAACCGACGGACGGUAGCCCGUCUCGGCCGGAGGACGGCGCCGGUAGCGAGGCGACUCACGCGUCCCCGACGGCGGACAAGUUCGAGGCGCAGGAAGUGUUGGAUGAUUUGCAAAAUCUCGAGAACAUGUGUGACGAACUGUUGCUGGAGGCCACCACGCAGCCGCACUCGGAACCGGCUCCGGAACAGCAGCCGGAACCACUACCGUCCGAGCCAGCGGCGGCGAAUGGAGUGGCGCAGUCCCCGGUGUCCACACCGGAUGUCACCCACAAAACGGUGUCCAGUGUGCGCGCGAAGCUGGAGAAGCUGGAAAAGCCGGAACCGGAACAGAAACCCGCCUUCCCGGUCGCACCAAGGAAGGUGUUCGGCAAGAACAAAACGACCGACCUGACGUCGGCAAUCCACGCGGUGAACGCUCCGGGUGCGACCGAACCGGGAGACGCACCGGGCGGUCCGGUGCACCGGUCGACCAGCGUGGAGCGCAAGAGCAGCCUGCCGGAGGAGAGCCUGGCGCGCACGGCCGAGCGGCGCAAGUCGCGCAUUCUCGAGACGGCGGAAAAGUUCCAAAACAUGAACCAGCAGCAGCAGGCGGGCGGGAACGAGAAGUUCAAGAAGUUUGUGCUUCCGGGCGGAGGCGUGCCAACGGUCGGGAACUACAAGAAAGAGUUCGAGCGCAAAACGGGCCUCAGUUCGUCGGCCACCUUCACCAAACCGCCGCCGGCAACCCUGGAGCUCCAGCAGCAGCAGCGUAAGCUGGCGGCGGACCAAGACGGCGGCAGGCAGGAACCGGUCGGCUCACCGGUGGCUACUCCACCGUCCACUGUCGGCAGUGGACCGACCAAGAGCAUUUCGUCGGCCUUCCAACCGUCAUCGCAGCCGCACGUCGAGCCGCCGCCCAAGUCCAAGUCGGACGAUGAGGUGAAGGACAGCGACUCGAAGAGCUCGGUCGGCAGUUUCUCGCUGGAGGAAGCCCGUCGUUCGAUGGAGAACUCGAUCGCGCUGUUGAACAAGGUGAAACCGGUCACCCCGGACACGAGUGCACCGUCGACACCGACCAUGGAGCAGCUGUGUUCGCGCACCGAGAGCUUCUCGAUGCUGGACGAGGGCGAGCGUGAGCGGAAGCUGAAGAAUGCGCGCGAAAUCAUUGGCAACGCCAUACCGAUCGGGCGGCUGCGCAAACCGCCGAUGCCGUUCGGUGCCAACGGGCGCUCCACGACCGGUACGCUGGGCAUCAACAAACCGUACCGCUUCGGUGGAGCGGACACGGUGGAGCCACGCUGCGAUACGAUGUCCACCCCCAGGAAAGUAUCGAUGGGAAGUAUUCCGAGCCCGCCGAAGGACGAAACCAAAACAUCGCACGCGGAAAUUACGCUCAAAUCGGCCACCUUGCCGAGGCGAAAGCUGUCCGCCAACAAACCAUCGGAGGUGCCCGGAGACGGACCGGCAAAGACCGACCAGCGCGUCCCACAGCAGCAGCAGCAGUCGUCAGCAUUUGCGCCGAUGCGCUUUUCGACCGAAUUUCAGCACCAAAUUCCGGAUCUGCGCAGUGCGCCGAUCGGGCGCGAUCUGCCGCCCGCGUUUGGGCCGAUGGCGUACCAGCAGCAGCAGCAGCAGCGGGCCAACAGCCUGGAACCGCAGGGCCGCGAUCUUGGGCCGCAAAAACCGCCGGCCUACGGUCGCCCUACGUACGGCGGGGCGCAGCCAGCGCAGCGGGGAACGCUUUCGCGCCAGUCGACGAACGAGUCGAACGAUUCCGACAGUAACACCGUCUCGCAGGGUGGCCUAUCGGCGACCGCCUCCGGCCAGCACAUGGCCAGCGGCACCGUGAGCAACAGCAGCAACGCCACGAUGCCGAUCAAGAAGAGCCCGCGCGAGUUCAUCAUACCGAUCGCGGUCGAAGGCGGUGGGUUCGUGACACCGCGCGCAAACAGCCUCGAACCGUCCGAAUCGAACGCGUCCUCGGCGUCGGCCGUCGGAGCGGCCGGUUUUCCGGGCAUGAAGCCGCGCCUCGGACGCCCUCGGCGAUUGGGGUCUCUGCUGUCGGAAACCGACAACGAGCCGGCCGAAACGAGUUCCUUCCAACGACUGAACCGCCACACUUCUCUGGGCCGUGAUAGUGACUCUGAGGAACCGAAAUUCCACAUGAUGCAUCGACUGCGGAGCUCCCGGCCAUCGAAGCGUGGUACGCAGACGGAUCCGAACGAUUCGGCCAGCUCGGGCGAGGAAGACGAUGACGAUGGUUUCGAAAUACUGACCGCGGAGAAUCUGUUCUCUACGCUCCUGUCGAGGGUUCGCGCUCUCACGAAUCGGUUGAACGUGAACGAUGCCAGCUCGCCGAGGUUCCCAGCGUCGCGCUUCAUGAAUAAUCUGCGCCAAGCGCAGCCAUCCUUCUGGCAUCAGGAUCCGUUUGCAAGGCACAUGGGCGACCCCAACGCCAACGCUUGGCGCCACAGCAUGUCGCGAGACUUGAGCACGGACAUCGAUUCAAUGUUUUCGCGCAGCGGAGCCACACUUCCAAGAGGCACUAGACUCAAAUCACAAAAUAAUCAUGUAACGAAUAGUAGUAAUAACAGCAACAGCAACCACCACCACCCUACCAACAACCAUCAUCAUCAUCAUCAACCACCACCAACAACAACACCACCACCAACAGCAGCAACAACAAAUGGCAGCCCCAUGCGUAGUAGUUUUAACCCUAGGCACAGCUACCAUCAUCAGCUACCCUCGUCAUCUAACCUUCCUUCCUCCAUCUACAAGGACCUGGCCGCGCUGGCGGCGGCGACGCCGCGCGGGGGGGACGGGUCCGCUGCCAGCGGCCAGCCAGGGGGGACGGUGGCUCCUGAGGACGGUGGCGUUGGAGGAAUCCGCGGAGGUAGUGCCGGUGUCCGCGGUGGAGUGGCGGCAGCGGUGACUGAGGAGAACCUGGAUCUGCGCGAUCUCGAUCUGUCGCAGCUGCGCCUGUCAAAGCGCGAUCUGGAGACGCUGUCCAGCAUUACGCCCGCCCUGUCGCAGCGCGUCCAGGAGCAGCUGCUGGCCCAGCUGCCCCCGCAGCAGGCCCGCAAGCUGUCGCGGACGCUUUCGAUGCAGGGUGGACCGGCGGCGGCGACGGCAGCGGCGGCGGCGGCCACUGCCGGGCAGCGGCUUUACCGGCGCAGCUACAGUAACAGCGCCGCCGGAAGUCGCCCGGCCGGUGACGACGGUCGUCGGGCUGGCAGCCAACCGCGGGACAUCCUUUCCCCACCGCCCGGCUAUCAGACGAAGGACGAAGACGGAGGCACCAAUGGCACCACGUACGUCCCGUACGGGGCGGCGGCGGCGGCGCCCUACUUCGACCUGUCCGGUACGUCUGCGCGCUACGAGUUGCCGAGUUCGCGCGGGUCGGCCUUCGCACCCCUGUCGGUGGCACACACACGAGCAUCCGCACCACCACCACCAGCACACCGUCACAGUUUAUUACUCCCGGACACACAGCCCGGCCGAUCGGUCGCGGUACCUUCGAAGCGGCUGUCGCGCUUCCUGAGGCCCGACUUUUUCGAUCCACCCAAGGCAGGGACGGAGGACGCGAAGGCUCCGGUGGAGCCCGAGGGCGGCGGCGGCGUAACACUGCGGGAGGGUGGAGGCUCCCGGCAGCGACGGUUGGAGCAGCUGGGCAGCGAUUCGGUCAACGACCGGUUGAGCUACUUCCUCGAGAAGUACAAGAAGCCGGACGAGACGGGGCCGGUCCCGGAGGUGGCGGAGGAACCGCGGACGAGGCGGGCCACCGUUUCUCCACCGCCGCUAUCGGCAGCCGAAACCCUGUCGUUACUACAGGAGCAGCUGCAGGACCUGACGAACCUGACGUCCCUGAUGGGCGGCAAUGUUGGUGGCCGACGGACUGAGGCCGACGCGGAACCGGCGGUGGUGGCGACGACGCCUGCCGGAGCAUGUCCCAACUGUGAGGGGCCCGCGGAUGCGGAUCCGAAACCAGCGACCUCGACGCCGACCCCGGACGCCAGCAGCAGUCCACCGGUGGACGGUACUCCGGCGACGGCGACGGCGGCACCUACGGUAAAGAAAACGGUCAAGGUGAAGAAGGUGAAGCUGGUGAAGGUGGCCAAACUACCGGCGGUCGACUCGGCGGGAGUCGGCGGUGAGCAACCCGAGCCGCCGUCCACCGUGAAGAAGGUGAAGAAAGCUGACCCCCCAUCGACGGAUGUCACGACGCCGACGACGACCUUGGGUGGGGCUCCGAAGAAGGAGUCGAAACUGUUAAGACCCCGCUCGUACCCCUGCAAGGAACCGGCCGGUGGCCCGGAAGGGAAACUGUCACUGGCGGCCAUCGAUCCGGCGCUCGAAUCAAGCGUAAAGGGAUCCGCGGAGGUGGCGCCACUGGCGGCACCAGACGUAAUCGCCGGAACCGGAACCAGCACCGGCACAGUGGGGAGUAAAAUUGCGCGCCCCAAGAGUUUCCCUUCGUCCAAGCUGACGGCGACGAAAUCUUCGCCACCGAAGGACCCACCGCCGCAGCCUCCGCCGGUCCGUGAGCCGACACCGGACAAGACUCCCACCGAGGUGGCUUCAACUCCCGCCGUCACCGUCGCUGCCAGCAACCCGGCACCGAAGAAGGUGAAGAAGGUGAUCCGGAUCGUGAAGAAGGUGUCCAAGGUGUCGACGGAUGGGAAGAGUGCCGCUCCGGUUGAGACGGCCAACGGGAAGGUCGUCAACGGUGCGAUCACAUCUCCGGAACCGACGGAAGCGGCGACGGAGAAGCAGCGAUCCAAGUCACCGGAGAAGAAGGUCAAACAGAAGGGCUUCCUGGCCAGCAUCGGGCAGCGGUUCGAGAAGUUCCGCGACACCAGCACCAAAGCCGGCAGGGAGAAGAAGGCUGCGGCGACGGCGGCAGCGGCGGUGAGCACCGGCGCGGACGAUGCCACCCUGCCCGAUCCGGCCGUUCCCGCGAUGGUGCCUACGGCGCUGGUGAAGGAGAAUGGCGCCGGUCCAGUGGCGCCCGGGGGGCGGAAGUCCCGUAUCGACACGGUGAUCCGGAACCUGCGCGAGCGAUCGGUUGGCCCGAGGGCGACCGAAGCCGCCGGGCUGACCGAAUCGACGCUGAUCAAGCGCGCCGUGAGCGUGGAGGAGAUGCCGGGCACGUUUAACCGGUGCGGCGUCACGAAGGUACUGGGGCUUUUCCGGAGGUUCGAGAAGGAGCCGCCGCCACCCUCCUCCUCCUCCUCGUCGUCGUCACGCACUAACCACCGUCUUCUUAAUACCAAGUCCUCUAGCCACAUCGCGAUGGCGGCACGGCCUGCGACGGCGGCGGCCGGUGUGUUGGAGACUGAGCCCCGUGCCCGGAUGUACGGUGGGGCGCGCAGUGACACCGUGAUACCGCUGGGACCCCCGAACGGCGACAUGGCGGCCGUGGCGAUGAUGACGUCGGCGACGGAACAGCAGCAGCGUAAGUUACGACCGGUGCAGUCGCUGGCCCAGUCGUCGCAGAUACCGGUCAAGUAUGGCUGUCCCGGUUGCGUGCUGGCGGCGGCGGAAGGUGACGGAACCGAAGCACCGGAACCGGAUGCGCGGUGCUUCCACCGGGAUGAUGGUGCCGAACAUACCGACGGGACCGGUGGCACCACCGCCCAGACCCGCGAAGAACCGGAUCGGAGGGGACGGAGGACCCGCUCGAAUGUCCGCGCACUGACGAUCGAUCUCGAGCAGGCCGUACACUCGGCCACGGAGAAAUUGAAGCGCCUGCAGCAGCAACAGCAGUCAACGACGUCGUCGAUGACAGCCAAUCAUCAAUCUCACACACACGAACAUGCGCCUAGCAAUGGCCACAGCCUCCAUAACCUCAACCACAAAAACAACAACAACCAGAACAACAACAAUUAUCUGUACAAUGCGAACGGUGCGAGUAUGAACGGCGGCGCCCCGCCAGUGCCCUUGGCCAAUAACAAUCACACUCACAGUCACCAUCACCACCACAACAACAACAACAACAACUACAGCUAUCCCCCGGCGAUGCCCUGCGACGGAACACUGGGGCUCGCCUUUAACAGCAUGGCCAACCACAGCAACAACAACAACACGGCGCUGACGCCGUCGUCGUACGACAGCAUCACCAACUACUCCUCUGGUUCGCGCAGUAGUCCGUACGACGACGCCUCGUCCAGCACUUUCCAGUCCCCGUCGGAGGAGCGCGAGCUCUACUUUGACAGCUGGUCCGUGUGCUCGGACGAGCACCAGCAGGACACCAGACUCAACGCCGGCGGCAGGUCGUCGCCGGCCGCGUCGUCCGUGUCGAGGCGCCACUCGCGACUAACCCAAGCCCCCCACCUGCCCUCUGUCUCCCCAGUAGAUCCGGACACGGAGAGCGUCAUCGAGCGGAUCCGGCGCAAGAGCUUCUACACGCGCUUCAACGAGAACAAGAAACCGGCCAAACGCGCAUCGGCCACCAACCUGGCCACCGGAACGCCGCCCGGGGCGUCCUCUUCCUCGUCGGCCCUGCACGGCCUGGGCAAGGAGUACUCCUACGUUGGCUCUGGAACCCUGCGCGAAAAGUCCCUGACACGGGGUGGCUCCACGUCCUACAUUCUGCGCCCGUCCAAGGAGUACGGCGGUGGCAGCAGCGCCACCACCAGCAUACUCACGUCCGCGUCGGCCACACCGAAAUCCGCCGCCCCGAUACGGGAUUGCGUGCGGUUGCGCAACAACCACAGCUUCGACCUGCUGGCGCCCACCGCCGACUACCACCACCACCUACCCGCACACAACCCGCACUUACCACAUCACCACCACCAUCACCAUCACGUCCACGGCGACAGCAACUCCAUCAACAACAACACCAGCAACACGAAGUACACACGCAACACCUACUACGAAACCUCCGUACCGUCCGUGUACGCCCCGUGUUACAGCCCCGUGAAGAGGCGCUCGUCGUUCGUGGCGGCCGCCGGCCAUUACAGUGCCCCGACUAACGAUAUCACGUCGUCCUCCUCCUCGUCGAUCGCGCUAGAUCUGCUCAAGGACCACCACCAGCAAGGGGUUGGUGGUGGUGGCGGCGGUGCCACCAUCACGUCUUCGUCCUCGUCGACCACCGUGUCCGCGUCGGACUACUCGCACGGUAAUGGCGGCGGCGGUGGCGGUGGCGGCAGUAGCAGCACCAGCGGCUCUAGGACCCUCCGGUCGUACGACGGGCGCAGCAGCUCGUUGCUGACACCGAGCGCCCUGCGGGAAGCUCGCUACGGAACCACCAGCAGCACCGGUACGCCGCGGUACGAGAGCGGAACACUCACGAAAACCUACCGCAACCGGACAUCGUCCUCGUCCCGGCCAACGGAGAGUAAUCCAUAA